UGCCAUGACAACAGGACGAUGGCUGCAAGCAGAAGAUGAGAAAUGUGAUUUUUGUGUGAAGAGGAGUCACAGACCUUCAUCUCUAACGGACCGGCUCGUGUGUGUGAAGAGGCAGCAUGUCUCUGUUCAAGGCCCGUGAUUGGUGGUCGGCAGCGCUUGGCGAGGGCGAGGAGUUUGACCAGGGAUGCCUGUGUGUCGGAGACGUGGACAACAGUGGCAGCGGACAUGAUAAGGUGGUGGUGGGCAGCUACAUGGGAAUGCUGCGGAUCUUCUCCCCACACACCAAUAAGUCCAGUGAGGGAGGAGUGGCUGACGCCCAGCUGCUGGAGGUCCAGCUUCAAAAUGCCAUCAUCCAGGUGGAAGUGGGCAAGUUUGUCUCGUGUUCAGAGCUUCUUCAUCUGGCUGUUCUUCACCCCAGGAAGCUGUCAGUCUACUCUGUGUCAGGCACUGCAGGGAAUGUGGAGCAUGGUGACCAGUACCAGCUGAAGUUGGUUUAUGAGCACAACCUGCAGAGAACAGCCUGCAACAUGACCUACGGCACCUUUGGAGGAGUCACAGGUCACCACUCCCUGUGCAUCCAGUCCAUGGACGGGAUGCUGAUGUUCUUCGAGCAGGACAGCUACUCCUUCGGCAGGUUCCUGCCUGGUUUCUUGCUGCCGGGCCCGCUGGUCUACAACCCCAGAACAGACAGCUUCCUCACUGUGUCCUCUGCACGCCAGCUGGAGAGCUACAAGUACGAGACUCUGGCCGUGGCUACAGAGGCAGAGAGUCAACAGGAUCCUGACCUGCCCCUCAAGACUGGAGGCAAGAGGCUGACGCCUGACUGGACCUUUAUCCUGGGAGAACAGGCCCUGGAUCUCUGUGUGCCCUCCUUCUCCCACUCCUCCUCCUCCAUCUUCGUCCUGGGCGAGAGGAACCUCUACUGUCUCCGUGACAAUGGCCAGAUCCGCUUCAUGAAGAAGCUGGAGUUCAACCCCAGCUGCUUCCUGCCCUACGCCUCAGUGACGGAUGGUACGACCAACCUGUUGCUAGGCAACCACACCAACAUGCUGCUGGUGUACCAGGAUGUGACUCUGAAGUGGGCCGCCCAGCUCUCCUUUGUGCCCGUGGCCAUUCGCGUCGCCAACUUUCUGGAGAUUAAAGGAGUCGUGGUCAGCCUGAGCUCAGACGGUCACCUCCUGUGCUCCUACAUGGGGACGGACCCCUCCUUCUUCUCCACGCCCAAGGUGGAUGCCAGAGAGGCUGACUAUGAGCAGGUGGAUGCUGAGAUGAAGAAGCUGCAGAAGUUCAUCAGAGAGGCCACAAGGACUCAGGACAUCCUGCCUAAAGCUGAGGCUGAGGAGGACCUGAUUGUUACAGUUGCUGUGUCCUCCAGCAUGGACAACCCAUCGCAAGCUCUGAUCCAAGAUAUUGACGGCCUGCCUGUUCCUUCAGUAACCGUACAGGUGAAGGUGAAGGCCCGUUGUGUUGUACAAGCCUCUAAGCUGACCGUCGGCAUCCAGCCUCCUCUGGCCGUCGCUCAGGAGCAGUUUGUCCUGGAGCCCAUGGGUGUUGGUUCCUCCACAGUUGUGGCAUUUUCGGCUUUCCUCAACGGCCGCUACCCCGCCGCUGACCUGACCGGAGACGUCACCGUGUCCUACAGCUCGCCCACAGAGCUGAAUCCCAAAGGAGUUCCCAGGGUUCUCCAGUCCAGGUUCAGUCUUCCUCUGGCGUUGGUGUGUGUUCCCUCCUCUCCCGCCAAAACCACCAAGUUUAAGAUCACCGUGGACACCAACCAGCCACCUGUCAACCUCAGCGCCAUCUUCCCAGAGUUUUCAGCUAAAUCAGAAGAUAAGGAUGGGAACAGUUUGGCUUUCCAGUUCCUGUCAGGAGCCAAAGUUACUGUGCAGGCCUCCAAGACCUCCCAGCGUUACCGUAUCCAGAGCGACCACUUUGAGGACAUGUGGCUGGUGGUGAAGGAACUGGUUCAGAGAUUCGACCAGCAUUUCUCCAAACUGGGAGUCAAAGACUUCAAGAAAAGCUUCAGUGGACCGCUCCCGCUGCAGGAGUACUUCCUGUCUGUGGACAACCACUUCCAGCUGCGUGUCAGUGCUCAGCAGUACCAGGAUCUGCUGUCAGAGCGGGCCGUCCAGUUCAGAGCCAUCCAGCGCCGCCUACUGACUCGAUUCAAAGACAAAACCCCGGCACCUCUGCAGAACCUGGACACGCUGCUGGACGCCACCUACAGUCAGGUGAUAGCACUGGCGGAGGCUGCGGAGGAGAACCGGGCACUGCUGGAGGAGGCGUUUGUCCGUCUGCGGAGUGCCACACACCUGCUGGUGCUGCUGCUGUCGCUGUGGCAGGGCCUGACCCCCGACCAGACGGCCAUCCUGGAGGCCACACUGUUGCCGCUGCUGCAGGACACACCACAGCUGGGCUGGGAGGAGAGCUGCGACGCCGCCGUCUCCCACCUCCUGCGGAGCUGCCUGUCGCGGAGCCCCAAGGACCAGGCCACGUCUCUGGCCCAGGCAGGAGGCCCCAUGCUGGGCCUGCCCAGCGACACCGCCCGCCUCAAGAAGCACAUCACCCUGAUGUGUGACCGCAUCGGCAAAGGAGGCCGUCUCACGCUGGCCUCUGAGGCCAACGUCCAAGUCCCUGUCCAGAUCCAGAACCUGGCUGCUCCCGGAGGUGUUGAGCCCAUCGCAGAGGUGGCUGGUGACGGAGAGGAGCUGGAACUUCCACCCGAGACGACCAAGUUCAUCAAGAAGAAACAGCCGUCUAAGAAAGUCAAGAAAGAUAAGGAGAAGAAGGAGGUGUCCAAGGAGUCGUCAGAGGCCAGCGUGAGGGAAGAAGUGGGAGGCGCAGAGCAGCCCGUCAAGGAGGCGAAAAAGGAGAAGAAGGAGUCAUCUAAAGAGAAGAGGGAGUCGAAGAAGGAUUCAAGCAAAGAGCCCAAAGAGGAGGCGAAAAAGGAGUCCAAGAAGGAAUCAUCCUCCUCCAAGGAGAAGAAGGAGUCGUCAAAGGAGAAGAAGGAGAAGGACAAAGACAAGGAAGGGAAGGAGGCCAGCAAAGAGUCAGGGGACAAGAAGGUGUCCAGAAAGUCGUCAGUAAAGGUGAAAGAGAAGAAGAAGGAGCCAGAAGCAGGAGAGGGCUGACAGGAGCCGUGACGAUAUGCACACAGACACGUACACAAACACGACAGACAUGUCACACACACACACAUAUAAAUAUACACACAUGUGUAUACACAGUGUCCAUGUAAACGUAUACAAGACGGCAUAACUCUGCACCGCACACAUCCACAUAUGCAGCCCUGAAAUAUAUUUACAUGUAAAUAUACUCUGUCAAGGCCACAUGUGUCAGUAGCAAACAGUUUCCUCCCAGACACAUAUUUACAUCGUCUAGUAAUAACUGAUCCUCACACACACACACACACACACACAGUGUCUCUGGCCUGCUGCUGCUGAACCACACCACAUCCAGUAGUUUCGUUCUGUGCGCGCUGGGCAGCUGUGGUGAGGUCUGAGAGCGAGGAGAGUGAGGACGAAGGCGGAAUCCUCCUCCUCUCCUCAGACAUUUCGCUGACUCUCCUUCCUCCUCCUCCUCCUCCUCCUCCUCCUCCUCCUCCUCCUCGUCCUCUUCGUCUGGCCUCAGCAGCAGUUGAACCCGCAGCCCUGCGCCUCCCUAAUCCCAGUCAGGCCCCAAACCACCCCCCGCCCACGCACGCUUCUGGAUGUGACGUCAGACCCGCCCUGUCGCCCCCUCGCGUGGCACCGGGCCUCACCAGAGCCUCCCCCGCCUCGCCACUAAGAAUAAAAUGGCCUGCUGCGUCCAGCAGCGCGGCUGCUUCCGGGUAAAUCAAGGCCACAUCCUGCAGCCGCCGCCGCCGCCGCCUCCGCCCCUUCUGAUCUCUGCCAGUCAGCUUUGUUUUUUAAAUCUGGGACACUCAAGGACACGCGGCUGCUGAUGGACGCAUACUUGGUGCUGCGGGGUCGAACCUGAGACUGUUUUUAUACGUCUGAAACCAACGGGGUGUUUUCUGGAAAAAGCAGGGUGGUAAUCAGGAGGAGAGCCUGCGGGGCCACUGCAACACCCGAGGCUGCUCCUGCUCAUCUGCAACGAUGUCGUGAAGCGGAGGCGCUCUGAGGCGCUCUGAGGCGCUCUGAGGAGCUCUGA